CCGCUAUUAAUGCCGUAUUAUUUGAUAAAAAUGUGUUGCUUGUGUGUGUGUUUCACUCACUUUCCCGGUGAGCGUGACAGACGUGCUGCAAGCAGAGAGCAUUUCUGCUCGCCUUCAGCGUUGUACAUUCGUGGCAGAUAGUGCCGUUAUAAACAAAACCAACGGUGCAAAAACAAAAUUUUCCUAAAUUACUUAAAAAAAACCAACAAACAAAAAAACAUAACAAAAAAAAUCGAUAACAAAAAACAGCAUUUUUCUAAAUUUAACCGAAACUGUAGAAAUCUUUUGUAAGGACAGUGUGUUUAUAGCUAGCAACAAGGCUAAAUUAAAUUUUAUUUUUAUCAAGAUAUUUCAUGAAAAUAUUUUUUUUUUCUAAUAAAUUUACAAAACUUUUAAGCUCUUUCUAGAUAUUUCGUCUUUUAUGGCAAUAAUUAAUUGUUACUUAAUGACAACAAAACUGCCAAGUGUCUGCUUUCAAAUGAGACAAAACUUAUAUUUGUUGUGUGGUCUUAUUUGUGCCCCCCUAUUUUGGGUGUGACAUACGCCCAAUAGUUGUUAAUACUUAACCUAUUCAUCAAAUCAUUGGACAACAUACAUUUAAUUAUUUCACAGUGUGAACGGGACUUUUAUUUUGGUCUGUUGAUGUGACGUCAUAAGGCUGCGCCGCGCUCAUGCGUCUGUUGUGAUUCAGCUGAAGAAAGGAAAAACUCCUGGUGAAGCGACUGAGAUCCACGUGACACACUAUUAUAAAGAUGGAGAUUAUUAAAGAGGAGAGUGAAGACAUAAAUAUGGAGUUUAUUAAAGAAGAGAUUGAAGACAUUAAGAUGGAGUUUAUUAAAGAAGAGAUUGAAGACAUAAAGAUUGAAGAAACGUUCAGAGUGAAACUAGAAGAAACUGAGGAACAAACAGACCUGAUGGCACUGAAAGAGGAGAAUGAAGUGGAAGAGAAAGAUCAAUAUACAAAUCAUCAUGAUUUUAUAACUGGAGAAAAAUCUUUCAGUUGCUCACAGCCUGAAAAGACUUCCUCACAAAAAAGAACUGAAAAUGCAGGGACUAGAAGUCACUUAAUCUGCCAACAGUGUGGAAAGAGUUUCAAUAGAAAAGUAAACCUUAAAGCCCACAUGAGAAUUCACACAAGAGAGAGACCUUUCAUCUGCCAACAGUGUGGAAAGAGUUUCAAUAGAAAAGGAAACCUUAAAGACCACAUGAGAAUUCAUACUGGAGAGAAAUCCUACAUGUGCCUUCAGUGUGGAAAGGGUUUCACUCAAAAAGGACACCUUAAAGCCCACAUGAGAAUUCACGCUAGAGAGAAACCCUACACAUGCCAUCAGUGUGGAAAUAGUUUUGAUCAACUUGGAAAACUUAAAGUCCACAUGAGAAUUCACACUGGAGAGAAACCCUACAAAUGCUCACAGUGUGGAAAGAGUUUCAAUCAAACAGGACACUUUGAAGACCACAUAAGAACUCACAGUGGAGAGAAGCCUUUCACCUGCAAACAAUGUGGGAAAAGUUUCAACCAAAAUAGAAACCUGUACAGGCACAUGAGAAUUCACAAUAGAGAGAAGCCUUACACAUGCCAUAAGUGUGGAAAGACUUUUGAUCAGUAUGAAAUACUUAAAGGCCACAUGAUAAUUCAUACUGGAGAGAAACCCUAUCCUUGCCCUCAGUGUGGAAAGAAUUUCAUUCAAAAAGGAAACCUUAAUAGACACAUGAGAAUUCAUACUGGAGAGAAACCUUACACAUGCUCUCAGUGUGGAAAUAGUUUUAAUAAAAAAGGACACCUUAAUCUCCACAUGAGAAUUCACUCUGGUGUGAAACCCUACUUGUGCUUUCAGUGUGGAAAGAGUUUCAAUCAAGUAGGACACUUUGAAGACCACAUAAGAAUUCACACAGUAGAGAAGCCUUUCACCUGCAAACAAUGUGGAAAAAGUUUUAGCCAGAAAGGACUUCUUACCAUACACACAAGAAUUCACACUGGAGAGAAGCCAUUUAAGUGUUGUCACUGUGAAAAGACUUUCAGAUAUAAAGGAACACUUGAUAGCCAUGAGGAUUCAUGUAUGAAAUAACUGUAUAAUGUCAUCAGUGUAGAAUGAGUUUCACUGACAGAAAUCACUUUAGGAUCAUGUAAUAACUCAAACCAGAGAAAAGCCUUUUAUGAGCCGUCACUGUGGAAAGACUUGCAGAAAUAAAGCAAACCUUGGGGUUCACAUAUACCU